AUGGAUUUAAAUAUUAAUCAGAUAUAUAAGAUUGGAAGAAAGAUUGGGAGUGGGUCCUUUGGGGACAUCUAUUAUGGGACAAACACCAUUACGGGGGAAGAGGUUGCAAUUAAACUGGAGUCCUCGAAGAGUAAGAAUCCUCAAUUAGAAUAUGAAUCUAAAGUGUAUAAGUAUUUACAAGGCGGUGUAGGUGUGUCCUUCAUGAGAUGGUAUGGUACUGAAGGGGACUUUAAUGCGAUGGUAAUUGACUUAUUGGGACCUUCUUUAGAAGAUUUGUUUAAUUACUGUAAGCGACAAUUCUCAUUCAAGACCGUUAUUAUGUUGGCAUUACAGAUGAUUUGUAGAAUCCAAUAUUUACAUGGUCGUUGUUUCAUUCAUAGAGAUAUUAAACCUGAUAAUUUCCUAAUGGGUACACAACGUAAAGGGAGCAUUGUACAUAUUAUUGAUUUGGGUCUGUCGAAGAAGUAUAGAGAUUUUACCUCUCAUAAGCAUAUUCCAUACCGUGAACAAAAAUCUUUAGUGGGAACAGCAAGAUAUGCUAGUGUAAACACACAUAUUGGAAUCGAACAAAGUCGAAGAGACGAUCUGGAGUCCUUAGGUUACGUAUUUAUAUAUUUUUGUAAGGGUUCGUUACCAUGGCAAGGGUUGAAAGCAACUACCAAGAAAGAGAAAUAUGGAAAUAUUCUGGAAAAGAAAUUGAGUGUCUCUGUGGAAACUUUAUGCCAAGGUCUUCCACAAGAAUUUGUUGAGUAUUUAUUGUACUGUAAAAAUUUGAAGUUCGAUCAAAAACCAGAUUAUCUUUACUUAGCAAAGUUGUUCAAGGGACUAGCAAAAAAGUUUCAGUAUCAUAACGAUCACUUGUAUGAUUGGUUUGCCAUAAGACAAACAAAUAACCUGUUUGUAAAAUACUUCAAUAGCAUCAAGUAUAAGGACCAGCAAAGAAAUCCAAAUGCAGGCAACAGAAAAUCAGAUAACUCUAUUGACAUUUCUGAUAUUAAAGUUACCGCUAAGGAUAUUAAGAAGCUGGAUAAUUAUAUAGUGUUACGAUUAUUGACAAUGAGAAACUUUUACAAAAGCAUUCAUUACUAUUCACCUUUAAAAAGUUCAGCAUUAACUGACUAUAAUGUUGACACUGUUUUCAUGAAUAUUUGUAAUAGGGACUAUGAAAUUUCCAACCAAACAUGUUUUCUUAAACCUGAAGAUAUCAUUAAAAUCAAUCACCUAUACGUCAAUGAUAAUAAAUUAGUCCCACUCGAGUUUGCUAAGAUCAUUGAUUAUUACAAGUAUAACAAUCUUGAAAUAAUUGAUGAUGAAAAUGGCCAUAUGGUUUCUGAUAACAAUGAAAUAACCACUACCAGCCAAGGUAAGUACAGUGUUAUCAAAAAUUGA